AUGGCAAAGCAGGCGCGGAUAAAGCGGGCCACGCUCCAUCCCAUUGACAGGAAGGAAAAUGGUCAUGCCGAACGCCUCGCCAGCGCCGCUCUUGACCGCCGCACGACCACGUUGGAGUGCGGAGUGCACACCGAUGGACAGGGAUGCACCUCCACCUCCACGACGACCCAAGCACCCGCAGAUGCUCCUCCGCCUGCCACACCGCAUGUCGCGGUGGGCACCGAUGUCCCCUUCAGCCGCGCCGUUGAUGAUGACAUGGGGGACAUCGACGAUGGCGAGGUGUUGGACGAGGACGAGCAAGAGGCUGCGCUCCGGUUGGUGGAGCGACUGGCUGCGAAGCUAGCUGCCAAUAUCACGGACGCUGCUGAAUGGGAGGAGAAGGAGGGCUAG